CCUCAUUUCCUCAUCUGCACAAGCGCCCGUCAGCAGCAGAAGCAGCAAGUACAUCCCAACUGGUCCCUGCAAGCACUGAAACUGCACCAGCUUCCUCAUAUUCUCCUCUGCACAAGCGUCUGUUGACAGCUGAAGCAGCAACUACAUCCAACUGAUGUUUCGCGUGAGGGUCUCAUGUACAGACAUGCAGCUUGCAGCAGGCGCAACCCCGCAGAACGGCAGCGUGUACACCAUGUUCCACGGCACCAGCGAGGAUGGGGCCAGAGCCAUCAUCGCGAAGGGCUUCAAACAGUCCACUGAUGGCAUGCUGGGCCCCGGGGUGUACGUGAGCCGGGACAUUAAUAAGGCCAGUAGGUACCCGUUAGACCUACCGCGUCACGAGAGGGUGGUUCUGCAGGUCGAAGUGCGUGUGGGAAGAGUGAAGAAGAUCGACAGACAAGGCCACCCGUUGCAGAAGACGUGGCAUGAUAAAGGCUACAACACCGCGUGGGUGCCACCCAACUGUGGGAUGGUAUCCAGUGGGCUGGAGGAAGACUGCAUCUGGAACCCGAAGAGAGUGAAGGUCAUUAGACGGGUGCCAACGCCUCCAGAGGAUGACGGAGUUUGCGUAAUUAUGUUCACCUUCAUGGGCGUCACCAUUCUAAUUUCGGUCAGCCAGGUCACUCCGGCGUAUAUUAUCUUUCGCGAGAGGGUCUACCGUACAGACAUGCAGCUUGCAGGAGGCGCAACCCCGCAGAACGACAACGUGUACACCAUGUUCCACGGCACCAGCGAGGAUGGGGCCAGAGCCAUCAUCGCGAAGGGCUUCAAACAGUCCACUGAUGGCAUGCUGGGCCCCGGGGUGUACGUGAGCCGGGACAUUAAAAAGGCCAGUAGGUACCCGUUAAACCUACCGCAUCACGAGAGGGUGGUUCUGCAGGUCGAAGUGCGUGUGGGAAAAGUGAAGAAGAUCGACAGACAAGGCCACCCUUUGCAGAAGACGUGGCAUGAUGAAGGCUACAACACCGCGUGGGUGCCACCCAACUGUGGGAUGGUACCCAGUGGGCUGGAGGAAGACUGCAUCUGGAACCCGAAUAGAGUGAAAGUCAUUAGACAGGUGCCAACGCCUCCAGAGGAUGACGGAUUUUGCAUAAUUCUUUAAUGCGGAAUCCUAUUAUCAAUUGCUUGUGUCCUAACAACGAUGCAUCCUUCCACAUUCACCAGUUUUCCAUAUUCAGAUACAAAUACAAAUCAGUCGCAUUUUGGUGGAUGGAGGAGGUAAAUAUAUUGUCCAAACGAAGCUUAAUUUGCAGUCCGCAAUAUAAAAGCCAAAUUUUUUUUCAAAAACUAACACUAUGCUAGAAAAUAUAUCUAAUUAUAAAGACACAUGUACUAAACUACUGUAACUACAGGCGAAUGUCAACAAGUCUAAAAAUAUACAACCUCAGCGGUGAAACAACCCACUACUACACUUCUAAAUAUUGUCUCAAUGCAGAGCUUCCCUCUUCCCAAUAACCAUUAAACGGGAGGCCAGCAUUGGCGUGUGGCUCUAACCGAUGGAUCAACGUUGGCCCAACAUUCCAUGUUGAUGGAGUUCACACCCCAGACUGGGCUCACUCUGUGCCCCUUAAACCUGUUUAAGGAGACUCUGCCUCUUAACCUUAACCAUGUUAUGCUUCUAAUGAGCCCCCCCCCCGCCCCUGGAACCCUAUCCAAGUUUGGAAACCUCCGGUAGGUUCCAGCCAAUCGGCCACUGUCUCUACCCACAACUUGAUUUCACAGGUGUGGGGCUGGUGCUAAAAUGCCCACAACCUCCAACCCAACGACGCACCCUGCGUUAUUUAAUCCGCACGUUUCUACUUGUAUAUCAGGGAUUAUCGAGUAAGUUCCGUCCGAUCACCAGCCUCUUGUAAUCCAAUCUGGGUCUUGGCUUCUGCAGGUGGCACACAGUGAAUCCUACCAUGCAGAUGUUCUCCACUAACAGCGUGCACUCGCAUGAUCUGAAACACUGGCCUGCAAUGUUGUCAAUGUAUCCUUCUGUUUAAUCUGUUAACAUGUGCCUCGUAUUUGUAUUAGUUUUCAUAGAUUUUAUGCAAAUUACUUAAAUUGGUAACUUGCGAUGUAUCUACAUACAUUAUUCAAUUGCCUUCAAUCAGUGUGGAAAUGUCCCAUUGAGUGUGGGUGUUUUGUUCUGCCCCGUGGUAUUGAGAACAGUCUUCAACUUUUGUCUACUGUCUCUCUGGCUUCUCUAUGUAUGUGCUAUGAAGAAGGACCAUUUUAAGAUAACGUUCUUGACAAACGUGAGUUAAUUCAACUAAGGCACCACUGCCAAAUGCAGCAUUGAAUUUCCAUCCAUCAAAUGCGUGAGAAUGUUCCACGUGUUUGGGCGUUUCAUUCAGCAAGGACUGCGCCUCACCCCGAAGACUCGGGUUGUGUGGUCUAGGAAUCGCGAGUAAAAGGAUAUCAUAAACAAAUUCACAGUACGUUCAUCAAGAGUGUGGGGAUACAGGUUGCGUGGCAUGGCGUCUGCGUGACGUAUUCAUGGCCACUGAUCCAUCUGCCCAAGUCGUGAUUUAUUUUUUUAUGUUAUUCGAUGUUAAUUUUGUGCGUACUGUUUACCUUCAUAUGGCUGCCUUGUACAUCAUCCUGAGAUGGUCUUGUAUUUAGACGCAAUGUACGUUCAAAUAGUAUUGCUGAAUACUGCUUCUGUGAAAAAUAGGGCUGGCUGUCAACCAGAAUUGGUUUUGAGGGCUAAAGAGGUGCAGUAGUGUGCCGUGGUAAGGGACGUGCUGGGUAAUCUUGUAUGGAUAAAGGGGAUACAUGAUGGGGUUCUGCGAGGAAUAGCAUUAGGGCCCUACCGACUGGCUGUAGUUUUCAGAGCGGCAGUAUUGCUUAAUGCGGUGACAACAAUGAGAUUAUAACGGUGACCAAGAAAACAAAGGGAAUAUCUCCAUUAUUCACGUAGGUUUUUUUUUCUUUCUGGGAACUAGUUUAACAUUUACAAUUGUGUUUGCUGAAUGGUGUAUAUUCAUUAAUACACGAAUUGGCAGAAUUUUGUUUCAUUGACAAAUAUUUAAAUAUAUAUAACAUUUAAGUCAAUUAUCUCAUAUUCCUUGCAAACCAGUGUAUUCCAGCAGCAAUUGGUAUAUGUAGAACUUAAAUAAGAAUAUUUUUAAAUAACACGCUUUAAUGAUAUGUACCGUAUUCGUAAUGGCAGAAUUCCACGACGAAGUGGUCCCGAAGCUUGCCAUAACGUAAGGGGCCGUGGUCAUUUAGAGCCAACGUCAGUUGAGCGUGGACAAUUAGACCCAAUCCGAAACAUAACAUAUAAAAACAUGUUAAAAAAUAUAUAAAAAAAUGUUUUUGAUAGAAUAUAGUAAUGUCAUCAGUAUGACAUUGGUAUACUAAGUUUGCAGUCGAUACCACAUUGGGAAGUGGGUUAAAAUUGAGUUACAAGAUUUGAGGAUACGACGACGACGACAACGAGAACAAUGACAACAAUGACAACAACAAGCGUGUAAAAUUGGAAUCAUCGAGAGUAUUCUAUAUGAAUAUAGCGCUCUACCUAGCAUUUACCGUUAUAAACCUUUUUCAUGUGUAGUACCCCAAUAAUUACCCUGUAAUUGGGUAAUUUGUAUGGGGUAAGGGUAAAAGGUAGGGUAAAGGUAGGCUCGUUGCUUUUUACCUUACCUGCUAAAGGGUAAAAGGUAGGGUAUAGUGCUUGUAUUGUGGUAAGGUAAAAGGAAGGGUAAAGGUAAGCUCUUUGUUUUUACUUUUUAGCUAAUACCUUACCUUGCCGAGGCCUACGUCUGGAGGAGGCGGGGCCUACAAGGGAAGGGGUGGGGCCUAGAGUGGUGGGUGAGGCUUUCAAUCCAUGAACCUCGCUGUUUAAAUAUUAUUUGGGUCUUUCGGUAAAGUAACGAAGAUAGGUAAAAAAAAUGUAAAAUAAAUUAUUUUUAAAUAUUUUUUUUUAUUAAUCAUUAAUAAAUUUACUUUUACAUUUUUGAACCUAUAUAUAUGACUUUACUGAAAGACCCAAAGAAUAUGAAUUCCUGCAGUCACGAAAGCUUUAAGUCAAUCUUUUUUUUAGCUGUUGAAGUAAGGAAGUGAAAGCAUGAUAUAAAACAACUGUAAUCAAAUAAGUACAACAGGGAACAAUUUAAUACCUAAAAUGUGGCCACAGGCCCACUAGUUUGAUGAAUAAUCUGAAAGGAAUUGUAUAUAAUCGCUUUCAGAUAGUGGUGGAAAUUUUAAAUCGAUUUCUCAAUUUUUUGCGUUUAAAUUUUCAGAACGCCAACAUGAAAAAGACACGUGUUCAUUUUGAUUUUGUUGAAUAUAAACCAUAAUUUACAAGACCUGUCUUGCGUCUUAAUUGUGUAAUAAAAGAUGUUGA